GAUUGGCCUCUGCGGUCGAGUACUAACUCGUUCCCGGCCAAUUCAACUUGCAACCAGUCCUCGAGUCCUGGAUCUAUUCACCUGCGGUCACACUUACGAAUCUCUACCUAACAAUGACAUGUUGAAACCGAGUCUUUAUUCUCUCAGUCCUGCAUUACCACGUGUUUCCCUUCGUGUGACUGGAGCCCAUAGACCCUGUUGGAUCGACCGAGGCCGAGUGGGCAUCGGUGUGCUCAAUUUAACCAUGGCGGACAAAAUGUCGACGUAUUCUCCCCUCUCGGCCAAGGUCACCGCGGUCGAGACGAUGAAACCAGAAGAAGCGAAAUGGAUCACAUUGAAGAAGAUCACAUAUCAAGACCCUGCGGGCAAGUCGAGGACGUGGGAAUCUGCUGAACGACAGACACGACCGAAAGGCACCGAAGUCGACGGCGUCGGCGUCAUCGCCGUGCUCAACGACCCCAACUCGUCCGAAGGCCCCUCGCUACUUCUACAAAAGCAGUUCCGCCCUCCGCUCAACAAAGUCACGAUCGAAGCACCUUCGGGUUUGAUCGAUGAAGGCGAGGACCCUGCAACGGCGGCACUGCGCGAAUUGAAAGAAGAGACGGGUUACAUUGCCACGAUACCCAAGGAUGCAAAGGCCGCAGAGGGAUUUUUGAUGUGGAACGACCCGGGGUUCUGCAACACAAAUACAAAGAUGAUCUUUGUCGAGGUCGACAUGUCGGACCCCCGCAAUCAGAAGGGGAAUCUUAAGCCAGAACUCGAGGAUAGCGAGUAUAUCGAGACUAUUACCAUUCCGUUGGACAACCUGUGGAACGAGCUCACCGAGCUGGAUAGGCAGGGAUAUGCGGUGGAUGCCCGUGUUGGUACGCUGGCACAGGGCAUGGAGAUGGCCAGGAAAUGGAAAGAGGCGCUGAACAAAGCUCCGUCGUGAGACGGACAGGCUUGGACCAGAACUACAGUACGAGUAGAGAGUUGCGAUGCGCCGCGAUAAAGAGGGCAUUCGCGUUGACAGACUUGUAGCACGCAGACCGGUUAGGCAUACAGGUACGACUUGGUCUGCAUACUAUUACGUUGACAUUAAGAAGGGGCUCGAACUGUAGAAUCGGUGUCAAUAAAUGUAUUCACUUAAUGGCAUGCGAUGUAAAGGUACCUAGGUAUACCCUGGGCAGUGUACAGUCCCAGUAUCAGGAAGUGUUACAAUAUACAAUGUAGACCC